AAAUCAUCGCAAAAGUUUUAGCGGAUUUUGUUAACAAAUUAUGUUAUGAAGUCGUGUCAAAUCGAUAUGUCAAAUAUUCUAGUGCUGAGCAGACUAAAAUUGACGUAACUUAAAAUUUUUAAUUGCAAACAAGUAAAAUGCUUCGGCAGAAACAGCAAGAGGAAUGAAGUUUUUAUCUGCAUGUAUUCGGAAGGUUAAUACGUAUUUAAAGCUGGACAUAAAAAUGCUCUCUUACAUAUACUUCUAAAAGAUAAUUGGUAAAACAUAAUAUAAAAGUAUUUAAUUUUUUGAAAAGUGCUUUGGUAAAAAUCGAUAUCUUGUUGAGAGGAGUCUUUUAUUUUAAGCUAUUGUCAUAUAGCACUGUUAUUUACCAAGUCUUAUUCGUAAGAUAAACGACGAGGGAAUGGUGAAAACUACGAAUGUAACUUAUGAAAUAUUUUCGGACCAAUUAGAGGACAACUACGAGCAGGACACGUGAUUCCUAUGAAUAUCACGUAAGGAUAAGCGGACAAGCGCAUGCGGAUAAUCUCACAUAUCGAAUAUGAUUAGUUAACUUUCACCUGCGGAACGCUACAUUACGCUGUAGGUUUUUGUUAAGUUAACUCUGUAUAAAGUUCAAACAUUUUUGUUUAUGUAAGAAAAAUUUAACUCGAACGUUUUUUUCUGCGACGGCAAUUCAUUAGUGACCAUCGUUAAAAUCGCGAAUACAAAGUCGAACACAAGCGGUGCCGAUUCAACUUCGUGUUACAAAAUUACACCAUGAGAACUUAUCGUUUCUUUAUAGUUUUUUUGACAGCGUACGGUACUUUUUACGCUCCGGCAUACAGUAUUCAAUAUCGUCAGUUUAUAUUAUGCACUACUAAUGAAUGCAGAAACGCAGCUUCAGAAAUUUUAGAGAAACUUGAUCCAAUUGUUGAUCCUUGUGACGAUUUUUACAAAUUUGCUUGUGGCGAAUGGUUACAAUAUAAUCAAGCAAAUAAAUCAUUUCCACUAAUUAACUUUUACACAGUGCUCAGUAGAAACAUACAUAACCAACUUCGAGAAAUGUUAGAAGUACCGACUAAUCCAAGCGAUACUAUGUCUUUCCAAAAAGCGAAACAUGUGUUCGCGCAGUGCAUGAAUCACGAUAUUGACAAAAAUACAAGUAGUAAAGCAGUCAAAAUGACCAACUUUAGCAUUACUGGAGAAGCAAAUGGUAUCGCACGUAAUAAACAAAGAUAUAGAAACGUUCCGAAGUGGGAGAAAUGCGUGAAUACAGUUAAAAUGCAUACUGCUAUUUCACAUGAAUAUGUCAAGAAAUACGCAUCGCAUCUAGAGAAUGAAGAAACUCUAGAGAACAUUAAAGAGAUAGUUAGAGACAUUUACAACGUGGUUCGCGAACAAAUACACAAUUGUGGAUGGACAGACGAAUACAACAAAGAGUUGUUUCUUGAGAAACUUGAGCAUAUAAAGUUCGAAUUUAUUAAGCCCGAGUGGUACAGCGACGAAGCUAUAGACAGAUUUUAUGAAGACUUAAAUGUCAAUAAGCCAUAUGUCCAAAAUCAAUUAAAAGUGUCUAUCUUCGAGGAAAAGAAAUUGGAGAGCUUGCGAAAUUCUGACAAUCAAUUUUUUUUGCCGUGGAUAAUUCAUCCGACAACACCGGAUAUAUUCUACGACUCACGUUACAAUAAAAUUGCCGUCCCUGCUGCUUUAUUACAAAAACCUGUAUAUGACAGAAAUCGUCCUGCGGUUAUGAACUACGCAACGCUAGGAGCUGCUAUUGGACGUGAGAUCACUCAUGCUUUCGAUAAAAACUGUAUGCAGGAUCAGGAUAACACGUAUUCAGGGAAGACUACGCAAUCAAAUUACAGAAACAUAACGCAAUGUUUCAUCGAUCAAUACAACAAUUAUCAGGUCCAAGUACAAAAUAGAAUUAUUCGCGUAAAUGGAUCAUUGACGUGCACAAAGAACCUAGGCGAUUCUGCUGGAAUUUUUACCGCAUAUCAAGCGUAUAAAUACAGAAAAACGAGACGAGGCGAAGAGGAUUUUUGGUUAGAAGGUCUGCACAAGUACACCGAUGAGCAAGUUUUCUUUCUGACUUAUGCUCAAUUAUUCUGCGAAACUGCUCUGCCGCAAAAGAUACAAAAGAAUAUUGUUCAGACCGUCUCCUCGUUAAGAAAAAUUCGAAUUCGUGGCAGCCUGUCGAACUCUCGUGAAUUCUCCGAUGCAUACGAUUGCCUUCUGGGAACUCGAAUGAAUCCAACAAAGAAGUGCACAUUUUGGUAAAAUAUUUUUCUAAACGAAGAGUAAAACAAAAUGUGAAACCAAUAUAAAUACUACUAUCAACGCAAUGUUUGUUCUUUAGCAAAUAUUUUUUAAAUAUAAAACCAAUAUACUUCUACAUAUACGUACUGAAAUCCGUAUUUCAGCAAUUACAGUAGAAUAACGUUUUUUUUUUAAUUGAAAAGAAUUAUAGAAUUGUAAACGUAUAAAUUUAUAAUAAGAGUAAUGCUUAAAUCAUUUACAAUUGCUUAAAAAGAAAAUUACUCAGAAUAAUUUAGUUUUCUUGAUGCACUGUAACAAAAA